AUGCCCAGCUGGCACUCAAAAACAUGGCUUAAAAACUGGGCUAUGUGUCCUGACGGUGUUGAGCGGCAGGAAGACGUGCUUCUCACACGAAUGGCCAAUGAAGGUGUCACAAUUGUUAAAGCUUUUGACAAGACCUUCGAAUAUGAUCAUGAUAAUUGUUGGAUUAAGGAGAAGGUAUGGAAGCGUGGAAUGAGCGUUGCAGAAAUAAUUCACCAGGUAAAGACGACUUUGACUGGAAAGAGAAUUAAAAGGAGAUUAAAGGAACAAAACACACCCAAGUAUGAUAUCGACCAGGAAGUCUAUGAACAGAAGCAUUUGGUUGUUCUCGAUGAGGAAGUCCUCGAAAGCUUGUGCGAGAUUUUGAAAGGGCUGGCGGAGAAAGGCUUUAGAGUGGAUCCUUCACUCGUUUCAUAUGGAGACUCGACCGCAAAGGACGAUAAGGAGUGA